AUGGUUGCACCCCAGGGCAAUGGCCCAUUCCGCAUUCUGGUUAUCAACCCCAACACCUCCACACAUAUGACCGAGGCACUCAAGCCGAUCCUACAACGACUCAACUACUCUGACGUUCAAUUUGACUACUUCACCGCACCGAAUGAGACGUUCACUCUGGAUGGGCACGUCUGCGAGCCGAUUGCCAGCAUCAACAAUGGCGAAGAAUCCGCACAGUCCGCGUUGAAUUGUUCCUCGGUUCUGGAUACGAUUGCGAAAUACGAUGCGUUUCUUGUGGCGUGCUACUCUGCCCACCCACUCGUGGGCAUGAUACGCCAGAAAAUCAAGGAACUAGAUGGAUCCACCUCUUCUACACGAACGAAAUACGCAACUGGUAUAUUUGAGGGUAGCAUUACUGCUUCUCUGUCAUUGAUCAGUGGGUUCGAUUUUGUGACGCCUGGAUCAUUGAGAAAACAGCAAAUCGGCCAGUCCUUUGGUAUCGUUACCACUGGCAGUGCUUGGAAGGAUGAACUCAACAAGGGAGUCACCGAAAUGUUGGUUGGAGCAGGCCUUCAGUCCUCGCGAUUCGCAGGCACUGAGACUACGGGGCUGACGGCCGUCGAACUACACACUACGGCACCGGAUGAGGUGAGACAAAGGAUUAUUGCCGCCACACAGCGGCUGCUACUAAGUGCGCCGACUCGUGUUGGCGCGGUCUGUUUGGGCUGUGCGGGCAUGGCGGGUAUGGAGGAAGCGGUGCGGGAAGGUUGCAUUCAAGCAUAUGGUCCAGAUGAGGGGUCUAGGGUACGAAUCGUCGAUGGAGUGGUUGCUGGAGCCGGGAACUUGGUGACAGCUUGGAAAUCAUCACGAUCCAAGCCGGCCAGUGCGGCAACAGCGUUUUGGCAGCAGCUGUGCCAGGAGCAUGGAAUCAACCAAGACGGAAAUCUGGAGGAUUUCGCGACUGAAGGUGGCGAUCGCAAAGAUGUCUUCUUCUAUCAGGUCCUCAAUGGCAUCCAAUCCGGCCCGUACAAGAACAUCUACAACCCCGAGAACUUCUUCGUUGGAGAGCAGGGCGUUGGCGCUGGAAACAACUGGGGUCUGGGAUAUGCGGCUGGAGAAACUGUGCAAGAAGAGAUUUUCGACAUGAUUGACCGAGAGGCGGAUGGAAGUGAUUCAUUAGAGGGCUUUAUGCUAUUGCACUCGAUAGCCGGUGGUACAGGAUCUGGUCUGGGUAGUUUUAUCCUGGAACGGAUGAAUGAUCGCUUCCCCAAAAAGCUUAUCCAGACGUACUCUGUCUUCCCGGAUCUGUAUUCGGAUAUUGUUGUCAACCCUUACAAUAGUCUGCUUUCCAUGCAGCGGUUGACCCAAGACGCUGACUCUGUGGUCGUUCUGGACAAUGGUGCACUUUCAAGAAUCGUCGCCGAUCGACUUCACGUGGAAAAGCCAUCGUUCGAUCAAACCAACCAGCUGGUCUCAACGGUCAUGUCGGCGUCUACGACCACUCUUCGAUACCCCGGUUACAUGCACAAUGACCUGGCGGGCAUCAUUGCUUCGCUGAUCCCGACGCCGCGCAGCCAUUUCCUGCUUCCGUCGUAUACACCAUUCACAGGCGACAAUGUUGAGCAGGCGAAGACAGUGCGCAAGACAACCGUGCUGGACGUGAUGCGCCGACUGUUACAGCCCAAGAACCGCAUGGUCUCGAUUACCCCCAGCAAAUCCAGCUGCUACAUCAGCAUUCUCAACAUCAUCCAAGGCGAGGCCGAUCCCACCGAUGUGCACAAGUCAUUGCUCCGCAUUCGGGAACGCCGCCUCGCAUCUUUCAUCCCAUGGGGCCCCGCCAGUAUCCAAGUGGCGCUCACCAAGAAGUCGCCGUAUCUGCACCAUUCCAACCGUGUGAGCGGAUUGAUGCUGGCAAACCACACCUCCGUGGCAACAUUGUUCAAGCGGAUCAUUCAGCAAUACGAUCGUCUGCGUAAGCGCAAUGCUUUCUUGGAUCAGUACAGAAAGUCUGCGGCAUUCUCCGAAGAGUUAACGGAGUUCGACGAGGCACGGUCCGUGGUGAUGGACCUGAUCGGCGAAUAUGAGGCAGCCGAACGCCCGGACUACUUAGAUCCCGACGCUGGGAAAGAGAAAGAGGUUGGGGCUUGA